AUGUCGACGAGGACGCUGCCCCUGCUGUUUAUUAAUCUCGGAGGAGAAAUGCUGUAUAUCCUGGAUCAGCGCCUACAGGCUCAGAAUAUACCAGUUGAUAAAGCCAAGAAAGCUGAUUGGACAGAGGAGGACAGGAAAAGAGUUAUGAAUGACAUCAUCAUCACCAUGUUCAACAGGAAGUUUAUGGAGGAGCUGCUGAAGCCCCAGGAGCUGUACUCUAACAAGGCCCUGAGGACGGUGUUCGAGCGCCUGGCUCACUCGUCCAUCAUGAGGCUUAACCAGGCCAGCAUGGACAAGCUCUACGACCUGAUGAUCAUGGCAUUCAAAUACCAAGUCAUGCUCUGUCCCCGGCCCAAAGACCUGCUGCUGGUGUCCUUCAACCACCUGGACGCCAUCAAGGACUUUGUCAGAGAUGUCCCCAGUGUCCUCAACCAGGUGGAUGAGACACACCGGUUGCUGAUUGAGAUGUACGUGCCCUUGUCAGCGGGAGAGUUUCAUCUGAUCCGGCAAACACUGCUUCUCUUCUUUCAGGAUCUGCACAUUAGGGUGUCCAUUUUUCUCAAAGACAAAGUGCAGAGCUCCAGCGGACGCUUUGUCCUGCCGACUGGUGGGCCGGUCCCCCAUGGGACGGAGGUGCCAGGCUUAAUCAGGAUGUUUGACCAGCGGGGCAACGAGGUGAAGCGAGUGCAGUUUCCCGGUGUUGGCAGCUACACGAGUGCCGUGCGGGAGGGCUCCUUUGACUUGUUCGGGAACAGAGUCACCAGGCUGGGCACAAACAUGUACAGUGUCAGCCGCCCUAUUGAGACACAAAUGGCAGGAAGGUCAAAGAGCUCCGCCCAGAAUGCCAAGGUGAAUGCAGCCCCCAACCCUUUGGCUAAAGAGGAGCUGAACCUGCUGUCCAGGCUGAUGGGGGGUUUGGAGGUUCAGAGCCCCGCCCAUACCGGUUUUAGAUUCCGGAUCAACCUCUUUUCCACAGACGAGGAGGAGGAGGAAGCAUUGUUAUCUAGACCACAGGAGCUGUCAUAUGAAGUCGUCAAUAUCCACGCAGUACAGGACCAGCAGACCAAUGAGGAGCUGGCUAGGAUCAUGGGGGAGUUCCCACAGGAGGGCGAUCCCUCUCAGCAGCCCAGCAGUAAGGGGGAGGAGCUUCUUGCCAUGAUGGACGGGCUGUAA